UUUAGGUAUUUUUCUCUGUAUUCUUGGCUUCAUUUAUUUCAAGAUAUAUCGACAAGGAAGAUCCCAUGGACAGAGCACAUGUUAUAUUUUACGAAGCUGUUGUUGUGACAAAUGUGAUGUUUUACUAGAAUGUUGUGAAGAAAUUACAGAGAGUUGUCAGGAGAGUUGUCAAGAUAAAUGUUGUACAAGGUGCAAGAAAGACAGCGACGACGACGAACCCAUUGAUUUAGAAAUACAUAGCAGACUACGAAGAACAAGACGUACAACUGAAGACGAUUUACAGAAUAUCCUUAACCUCUACAAUGUCCAAGACACACCCACAAUGACCCCACAACAACAGAGAAGGUGACGUUUUCUGCAGAUAACCAGGGAAUGGUUACAAAUGAUGUUGAUAUUUUAUCUGGUGCAACAGGAACAAAUGAAAUCGUCCUAAAUGAAUCUAUACCGACUAAUUCUGCUAGUGGAGUAAAUCAACCAGCAUUAGUCAUAGAAAUUGAAACAUGUCUUAAACACUUGGGUAAAUUAGUAAGUACCACUGAGAACCAAGUACAAGUUCGUAGAUCACAUAUUAUUGAGGACAUGCUUAAUAUCUACACAGAUACUAAUGUAGUGCGUUCCCGGUUACAUGUAAAAUUGAUUGGAGAAGGCGGAUCAGAUUGGGGAGGAGUCAGUCGUGACGUAUUUACAACGUUUUGGAACGCAGCUUCGUCUGCUUUUUUUCAAGGUGAUUCUGUUCAUGUUCCAUACCUUCCUCUUGUUAACAUGGAGAAUGAAAACAAAUUCCUUUUGCUGGGUAGAAUUUUAACGCACAGUACAGCCAUUCUUGGCUUCCUUCCGAUUCAAAUAAGUACUAGCGUCCUUAUGGUAAUGGUUUACAACACCACAGAAAUAGAAGAACACGCUUUAGUGGAAGACUUCCUGUUGUAUCUCGACACAAAAGACCGGAAGUUGGUUAAAGAAGCAAUUGAUGAUUUUUCUACACUUUCUGAAAACCAAGUAAGAGAUUUGCAAGAAUUGUUUAUUCGAUAUGAAAUGGGUUCCAUGCUCAGGCCUGAUUCUUUUAGAAGUCAGCUUCUCAAAAUAGCUCGUAAUGAACUCUGCGUAAAACCAAGAGCAUUGUGCGAGAAAAUGAGACAAGGAAUACCAGAAGACCAUUUUGACCGAUUUUGGUGCCGCCUAACAAUUGAUCAUAUUGAUCUUCUGCAUGCUAGACUUAAACCUUCCGCUGAUAAAAUCCUGAACUGUCUGAAACCAGCAAUUCCAUUUGGAGAUUUAACAAGGCGACGACGAAGGGUUUACGAAUUCUUUCAAGAAUUUAUUGAAAAAUUAGGGGAUGAAGAUUUACAACUACUUCUUCAGCUGAUAACUGGACAGAGCUGUGUGCCAAAAAGAACAAUUCAAGUGGAAUUUUCAGAACUAGGUGGGGUUCAAAGAAGACCCGUUUUCCAUACGUGUAGUUACAUGGUCGAGCUUCCAGACACAUACAUAAACUAUAAAGACUUUGAACAAGAAAUGAACAACAUUAUGCAUUCAAAUGUAUUACAGUUUGAUAUGGCAUAACCUUUUUUUGUAUAUGGUAUUGGUUUGUUGU